ACGUAAAAGUCAAGAUGGCGGCUCCCCUCUCCACCAUGAGAUUCUGGAAGCCCGGCUCUGAGGCUCCGGGGAUCUCGGAGGAACGGGAGCUCAACUCGGAAACCACGGGCUCUCCCAUCAUCUUCAACCCCCACACCGCCCUCUCCAUAGAGAAACAGAGGCAGAAGCUCCCCGUUUUCAAGCACAGAAACAACAUCUUAUAUUUGGUUGAAAGCUACCAGACUGUAAUCAUAGUUGGUGAGACUGGAUGUGGGAAGACAACACAAAUACCUCAGUACCUGCUGGAGGCUGGCUGGGCCGUAGAGGGGAAAGUGAUUGGAGUGACGCAGCCUCGACGUGUUGCUGCCAUCUCAGUGGCGAACCGUGUUGCAGAGGAGCGAGGGGCCCUUCUGGGCCACGAGGUGGGCUACACUAUCCGAUUUGAUGACUGUUCUGACCCCCACGCCACGAGGAUUAAGUUCCUAACAGAUGGCAUGCUGGUCCGAGAGAUGAUGGCUGAUCCUCUUUUGAAAAAAUACAGUGUGUUAAUGUUAGAUGAAGCACACGAGAGAACUCUGUACACCGAUAUAGCCAUUGGUCUACUAAAGAAGAUUCAGAAGAAGCGGCGUGACUUGAGGGUGAUUGUAGCCUCUGCCACUCUUGACGCCAAGAAAUUCCAUGAAUUCUUCAAUCUGAACGAGUCUGGAGAUCUAAACAAUGACACGAGCGCAAUUCUGACAGUAGAGGGACGCACCUUUCCAGUGGACGUCUUCUACACCGUCAGUCCUGUCCCAGAUUAUGUGAAGGCCACAUUGGAGACAGUCCUGAAGAUCCAUGAGACGGAGGAUGAUGGGGACGUCUUGGCUUUCCUCACUGGGCAGGAGGAGGUGGAGAAGGUGGUGUCCCUGCUGCAGGAGCAGGCCAGAGCUCUUUCUCGAUAUGGCAUGAAGAAACACCUGAGAAUUUUGCCCAUGUAUUCUGGUCUACCUUAUGCUGAGCAGAUGAAGGUGUUCGAGAGAGCUCCCUCUUCUGUUCGCAAGAUCGUGGUUGCCACUAACAUAGCUGAAACCUCCAUUACCAUAAAUGGAAUCGUUUUUGUCAUCGACUGUGCGUUUGUGAAGCUGCGAGCCUACAAUCCCUGCACGGCCAUUGAAUCUCUGGUGGUCACUCCCAUCUCCAAGGCUUCGGCCAGCCAGAGGGCUGGCAGGGCUGGACGAAACCGUCCUGGGAAAUGCUUUAGACUAUACACCGAGGAAGACUUUGAGAAACUGCCAGCCUCUACUGUUCCAGAGAUGCAACGCUCUAAUUUGGCUCCUGUCAUCCUUCAGCUCAAAGCGUUGGGCAUAGACAACGUGCUGCGGUUUAGUUUUCUUUCUCCUCCUCCAGCUCAAACGAUGGUUCAGGCUCUGGAACUUCUUUACGCACUUGGAGGUCUGGACCAAUAUGGCCAUCUGACUGAUCCCAUGGGCAUGCGGAUGGCUGAGUUUCCUCUCAGCCCCAUGUUUGCUAAGAUGCUCCUAGAGUCAGGGAAUUAUGGCUGCUCCAAAGAGAUUGUUACCAUAGCAGCAAUGAUGCAGAUUCAGAAUAUUUUUUCUGUGCCACCCAAUCAGAAGAAAGUUGCCGCUCGCGAGCACAGGAAAUUUGCAGUCGCUGAAGGAGACCACCUCACCAUGCUGAAUGUGUAUGAAGCAUUUAUUAAGCAUCAGAAGAGCUCGCAGUGGUGUCAGGAACAUUUUCUCAACUACAAGGGCCUGGUGCGCGCCGUGACUGUGCGAGAACAGCUUCGGCGUCUCAUGAACAAGUUCAAAGUGCCGCGGACUUCCAGCGAGGGUGAUCCAGAUGUGAUCCUGAAGUGCAUUGUGUCUGGAUUCUUUGCUAAUGCUGCCCGCAUUCACCAUUCUGGUUCCUACCGGACUUUACGAGAUGAUCUGGAGCUACACAUUCACCCCAACUCUGUGCUUUAUGGCGAGAAACCUCCAAAGUGGGUUGUCUUCAAUGAAGUGGUGCAGACGUCCAAAUAUUACAUGCGUGAUGUGACUGCUGUUGAGUCAUCCUGGCUGGUUGAGUUGGCCCCCCACUUUUACAAACAAGCAAAGCAUGGUUCCCUCUCCAGCAAGAGAUCCAGGGUCCUGUAAAGCCACAGUCUAAAGAAAACAAGACAACAUUACUACUAUUUAUUGUAUACAUAAAGGUAUAUCUAUUUAUUGUCCAUGUCCACCUGCACAACUCCCUCUACACUGUGUGGCCAUACAACACCUGGACAAAGACGUAGAUUUUCAGUGUAGAUACGAACACUUUUAACUUUCUUUUUG